CCGUUCCUGUGGCCUCACCUCUGACCCCUAGGACCUGCCUUCCCGUCCUCCAGUGUAUCUGUCUCGACCGUUCCCACGCCUCCAAACCCUACCCUGCCCUGCCCUGCCCUGGACAAGCCAGUCAGUGCGAGGGUCCUGGCGAAUCAAGGAGCUGCUUGCUGCUUCCAAGCGGGAUUCUACUGGCCCAGCCUUCCUAGGGGUGCUUAGGACACCCGUUACCCACAUCUUUGAGGGUAGCUUUUGCACGGGCUCCAGUGUCUACAGGGCGGGAGGAUGGAAACAUCAAGGUUGGAACUGAGGUUCAGGGCAGGUGAGCAAGUGGCUUUGGCCAGGUACAGGCCAUGUUUUCUGGUUCUCAAUAAUAGGCAUAGUAUAGGCAGGGGGUGGCAACAACAGAAACAGCUUUUCAAACAACGGCAUGAUUCUAGUCAGUGCUUGUGAAGACAAAGGGGUAAAGAAAGGAAGCCACCAUUUACACUUAGAACUGGGUUCUUCCUGCCCUGGGCUGCACAGUACAAAGACAAUCUAGGGAAUUUUAAAAAUGGCCCCCUUCAUAGAGUUGGUGGCAGCCAUCUGACCUCCAGUCCCUGCUCUUAGAAGGGUGAGAACCUAAUGUUUCCCAACUCAGCUACGGAAGCCAUUGAGCAUUUGAUUUGGCAACAGCUGCGUUGUAGUAAAAUGGGCUCUUUUAGGUUACUCAUAACCCUUGGGUGUCUAGGGACAGAGUUCUGCUUUCUCUUGAUCUUGCUGGAAGGCUACUUUCAUGUUUUCUAAGAAAAGGAAUAUUUUGCUUCAUAGAGUACUAAAAGCAUUUCUCAUUCAUCCAGAGAUACCCAAAAACAGUGUUGCAUGUUUCUCCCCCCUCCUCCCUACACUACCUUUCGUUUUUUCCCCAGCUCUCAGGGCCUGUGUGGGGCAAGAGGAUGCUUUCCCAGCCCCACCAUGGAGCUGCGCUGUGGGGGAUUGCUGUUCAGUUCUCGCUUUGAUUCAGGGAACCUAGCCCAUGUGGAAAAGGUGGAAACUGUGCCUAUUGAUGGAGAAGGAGUAGGAGGGGGGGCAUCAGCCCCCACUAGUAGCGUUGCUUCUUCCCCUGACUACGAGUUCAACGUGUGGACCCGGCCAGACUGUGCUGAAACAGAAUUUGAGAACGGAAACAGGUCAUGGUUCUACUUCAGUGUCCGGGGAGGAACGCCAGGAAAACUUAUCAAGAUCAACAUUAUGAACAUGAACAAGCAAAGCAAGCUAUAUUCUCAGGGCAUGGCCCCCUUUGUGCGCACAUUGCCUUCUCGGCCACGCUGGGAACGCAUUAGAGACCGGCCCACCUUUGAGCUGGGGUCCAAGAUGAGCCCCUACUUCAGCAAGCCUGAAGAAGCUGGCUAUCAUAUGGAAAGUAUCAGAGGGAGGGAGUUGGUAAAGAUGACAGAGACACAGUUUGUGCUAUCCUUUGUUCACCGUUUCGUAGAGGGCCGGGGAGCCACCACCUUCUUCGCCUUCUGCUACCCCUUCUCCUACAGUGACUGCCAGGAUUUGCUAAACCAGCUAGACCAGCGCUUUCCAGAAAAUCACUCUACCCAUAGCAGUGCUCUGGAUAGCAUUUAUUACCACCGGGAGCUUCUCUGCUAUUCUCUGGAUGGACUUCGGGUAGAUCUACUAACAGUCACUUCCUGCCAUGGGCUUCGAGAAGAUCGGGAGCCCCGUCUAGAGCAGCUGUUUCCUGAUCUUAGCACUCCCCGACCAUUCCGUUUCACAGGCAAAAGGAUAUUCUUCUUAAGCAGCAGGGUACACCCUGGAGAGACUCCAUCUAGCUUUGUCUUCAAUGGCUUUUUGGACUUCAUCCUUCGACCUGAUGACCCCCGGGCACAAACCCUACGUCGACUCUUUGUCUUUAAGUUGAUUCCCAUGUUAAACCCUGAUGGUGUGGUUCGGGGCCACUACCGCACAGACUCACGUGGAGUGAAUCUGAACCGUCAGUACCUGAAGCCUGAUGCCAUUCUGCACCCAGCCAUCUAUGGCGCUAAAGCCGUGCUUCUCUACCAUCAUGUGCACUCCCGUCUCAACGCCAAGAGUCCCUGUAUCCAGCAGCCCAGUCUCCAUUUCCCUCCUGAGACUGCUCUUUCUGACCUCGAGAAAGCCAAUAACCUCCACAAUGAAGCUCACCUUGGGCAGUCACCUGAUGGAGAAAGCCUUGAGACCUGGACUGAGACAGAGUUAGCAGAAGACAAGACUGACACUGUGUGGAUUCUGUCACAACGGUCACCUGAACUGGAAGAGCCAGCCCCUGAAACCAUCCCCCCGAAAGAGAGUGGUGUUGCUUACUAUGUGGACUUGCAUGGACAUGCUUCCAAAAGGGGCUGUUUCAUGUAUGGAAACAGCUUUAAUGACGAGAGCACCCAGGUGGAAAACAUGCUAUAUCCAAAGCUCAUAUCCUUGAAUUCAGCCCACUUUGACUUCCAGGGCUGCAAUUUCUCAGAGAAGAACAUGUAUGCCCGAGACCGUAGAGAUGGCCAGUCCAAAGAGGGAAGCGGCCGUGUUGCAAUCUACAAAGCCUCAGGGAUAAUACACAGCUACACACUUGAAUGCAACUACAACACUGGGCGCUCAGUGAACAGCAUCCCAGCUGCCUGCCAUGACAAUGGGCGUGCCAGCCCCCCUCCCCCGCCGGCUUUCCCCUCCAGAUACACUGUGGAGCUAUUUGAGCAGGUGGGACGAGCUAUGGCCAUCGCAGCUCUGGAUAUGGCAGAAUGUAAUCCGUGGCCCCGAAUUGUGCUGUCAGAACACAACAGCCUCACUAACCUGCGGGCCUGGAUGCUAAAGCAUGUGCGCAACAGCAGAGGUCUGACCAGUACUGUGAACAUGGCUGCGAGCAAGAAGAGAGCAUCUCGAACCCCUCCCAAAAGUAACAAUGGACUGCCCAUUUCCUGCUCUGAAAAUGCCUUGAGCCGGGCUCGAAGUUUUAGCACUGGCACAAGUGGUGGUGGUAGCAGCAGCAGCCAACAAAAUUCUCCACAGAUGAAGAACUCUCCCAGCUUUCCUUUUCAUGGCAGUCGGCCUGGAGGGCUGCCAGGCCUGGGCUCUAGCACCCAAAAGGUCAGCCAUCGGGUGCUAGGCCCUGUCAGAGAGCCUCGAUGCCAAGACAGAAGACGGCGGCAGCAGCCACUGAACCACCGCCCUACCACAGGCAGCCUGGCCCCAUCCCCAACUCUUGGUAGUUCUGGCCCAGCCUCCUCACGAAACCUGGGCUCCUGCCUACUGCCCAAUUCACUGAGCUUAUCAGGGAGCAGCUGCUCAUUCUCUUCUUCAGGGGACAAGCCAGAGGCUGUCAUGGUGAUUGGGAAAAGUCUGCUAGGGGCUGGUGCUCGGAUCCCCUGCAUUAGGACUCGUUUGCAGACUUGCCCGAGGAGAGUUUCCGCCAGGAGGGGUCCCGGAUUCCCCAGGCUAGGCCCAGGUUGGGCCGGAGCUCACCGCCGACUCGCAGAGGGAUGAGAGGCUCUUCAAGCCCCACAUCCCCUAUCCCCCAGACCAGAGAAAGCAGUGAGCUGGAGCCGGGACCCCACUCUGCUACACCAGGGGUCUGACAAUGUCUUUACCUCCACGCCCAGGAUAGAGCCCUAAGGUGUGGGAACACAGUGAAACCAUAUGUUAGUCCCGACGUCCAGCUGCUGAUAUCAUGUGACAACCAUAACUCCUUGGGAUGUGGGCCACACUGUCCGAGGCCUUGCAGAACACCACCUUGAGACAGAACAAAGCAGGGACCUGCCACCCCUUCCUCCCUCCACAGCACAAGAUUUUGGGACCACAAAAAAUAUAUAUCUAUAUUUUUAUAUUGGGGGGAGGGAGUAGAAAAGAAAGCAGCCCCUAUACUGGGCCCUAUUCAGUGGCAGCUUCUUGUUCCAUAGGGUUAAGGAAGACUUUGAGGAAAUAAAAGUUGUUUGGAAAAAUC